AUGAAGCAACACCUUAAAGCUCUUCCUCUCUACCUGCUAAUAGCCUUAUUUUCUAGUAUCCAAACAGUUUCAGCAAUUGAUUUUGUCUUCAAUGGCUUUUGUUCAUCUGAUAUAUCAGCCACGUAUGGGUAUGCUGUACGUGCAUCUCGAAUACUUGAUCUUACUUCUUAUUCGUCAUCAAUGGCGACAGCUGUAUAUCCUUCAAAGAUUGCCACAAAGAAAGCCAAUUCAUCUCAUGUUCUUCCCUUUUCAACAUCUUUCAUUUUUGCGAUGGAUAUAGACAGAUACAUGCAACAAACACAUAGCAUGGUUUUCGUGUUUUUGCCACACUUAAGUACUAAUACUAAUUUAUUUUUCAUGAACUUCACAAAUAAUGUGGAUCCCAAUAACAAUGUGUUUGGGGUUGAGUUUGAUGUUUUCAAGGAUCAACAAUUCAAUGACAUAAAUGAUAACCAUGUUGGAAUUGAUGUCAAUUCUCUUGCAUCUGUGUUUGCUCAUGAAGCAGGCUAUUGGCCUGAUAAUUACAGUAAGAAUAAUCAUAAUGGUAGCCUAAAUGAAGAGUCUUUCGAGACUUUAAAGUUGAAAGUUGGAGGAAACUACCAAGUUUGGAUCGACUAUGCAGAUUUCCGCAUUAAUGUGACUUUAGCACCGGUUGGUAUGAAAAGGCCUAAGCAACCUUUGUUGGAUUUUCCUUUGAAUCUUUCUCAAGUUUUUCAGGAUGAGAUGUAUGUGGGGUUCACAGUUGUAUCCACUAGAUAUCGUAGUCAAGGUCCCAAAAUCUUAGCUUGGAGUUUUAGUAACUCGAAUUUCUCGAUAGGUGAUGUUUUGAUCACUCAUGGUUUGCCUUCAGUAUUUGAGCUUUCUAAAGUCCAUCCAGUUUAUCGAUCAAAGGGAUUCAUUGCAUAUCGAUCGAAGGGAUUCAUUGCAGGUAUGACAAUUUCACUCAUCUUUCUUGUCGCUUCUAUAGCUUCAUUGUUUCUAAUUAAGAGAAGUAGGAUAAUGAAAAGGGAAAGAGAGGAUAUAGAAGAUUGGGAACUGGAAUAUUGGCCACAUAGGAUUAGUUAUCAAUUAAUAGAUGCUGCAACAAAGGGUUUUUCUGAUGAAAAUGUGAUUGGGAUGGGAGGUAAUGGGAAGGUUUACAAAGGGGUUUUGGCUGGGGGUUCAGAGGUUGCAGUAAAGCGCAUUCAUGAAAACAGCGAAGGGGAAAGACAAUUCUUGGCUGAGAUUUCAAGUCUUGGUAGGCUAAAGCACCGAAAUUUGGUAGCAUUAAGAGGCUGGUGCAGGAAAGGCAGGGGCAGCUUGAUUUUGGUUUAUGAUUAUAUGGAAAAUGGGAGCUUGGAUAAAAGACUGUUUGCAUGUGAUGUGAGAAACAUGUUGAGCUUUGAAGACAGAAUCAAGAUUUUGAAAGAUGUGGCAUCAGGGGUUCUAUACUUGCAUGAGGGGUGGGAGGCAAAAGUGUUGCAUAGGGACAUUAAGGCUAGCAAUGUUUUACUUGACAAAGAAAUGAAUGCAAGAAUAGGUGAUUUUGGUCUAGCUAGAAUGCAUGAUCAUGGUCAAGUGGCUAACGCGACUCGAGUUGUUGGCACGGUGGGUUACCUUGCACCAGAGUUUGUCAAGACUGGCCGUGCCUCCACACAAACUGAUGUGUUUAGUUAUGGAGUUCUAAUAUUGGAGGUGAUGUGUGGAAGGAGGCCAAUAGAGGAAGGCGAGCCCCCUUUAGUGGAUUGGCUGUGGGAACUAAUGAAACGAGGCGAAUUGAGUAACGCCUUUGAUAAUCAAUUAAGGACUGAUCAUGGAUUUGAUGAAGAGGAAGCCUUAAGGGUACUGCAAUUAGGCAUGAUAUGCGCGAGCCUAGACCCCAAAGCUAGGCCAACCACGAGACAAGUGGUGAAAUUCUUUGAAAAGAAUCGCGAGGUUGAUGGAUGUGAAGCUGAGGAUAUGGAUGUUAACCUUAGAUCGAAUACCCUGUUGUCCAAUUGUUGUUCUUCCAAAUCUAUUUCUUGGAUAAAUUCUCUGGUGGAGGGUAGAUGAGUUUAACACCUACGAAUACUA